AUGACGUCACUCAGCGGGGACGGCGCCUCGCCGCAACGACGGAGGACGGCUCGGUUCCGCCUCCGAGAACAGCUGGAUUCCGACGGGGGACGGACGGGGCCGGCGGCGGUGCCUUCCCCUGACCGCCCGGCGUCCCCGAGGCACGGGGCGGCGGAGCGCCGCUUUCUCCGCGCGGAGCCCCGCGGCUCCGCCAUCCCGCCGGCCCCAUCGCCGUCGCGGCGGCCUCGCGUCGGCAGCCGCCUCCGCCGAACGGGGCGGGCAGUCCGGGCGGGGUCCUUUGCGCUCGGUCAUCGCGUCCUCACCGCGCGGCUCCGCCCGGCUGCCCGCGGCGAUGCCUGUCGUCGUGCGCCCGCUCCGCUUCCGGGGCUCCGGCUGCGGGGACGUGGGGGACCUCAGCGAGGCCGAGCCCGCGCCGCCCCGGCCCCGCUCCGCUCCGUGCGGGCCUUCCUGGAGAGCGGCGAGCGCGGGCUGGCGGCCGCCGGCAGGUGGGGGAGCGGGGCGUCCGGGCGGGCGGCGCGGCCCGGCGAUGGCGCUGGGGAACUCGCUGGAGACGAGCGGCUCCGCGGGCGCCUUGACGUCGCGCUGCAGGCGGCGGUCGCGAGGCCGGCGCUGUGCGGAGCGGGACGCUUCUACGUGCGUGCUGGAACUUUCCUGCUGGAAACAGCGCAGAGCAGCGCGGCACGAUGGAGAGAUGCGUGUGAACUCGCAGCCUGGUGGUACCUGAACGCUUUCCGUAUUCCUAAACCAAGGUCAAAACUAAUAAGAGGAGAUGGUGCUGGGCAAGAUGUGCUGGAAAUGUUGGCCUGCGACCGAAAAAGCCAGUGUGGACGUUAAGAUAGAAUUUGACUUCCAGUGUCUCCUAGUCUGCUGGUUUCUGCCUACUAAUACACUAUUUGUAAGCACUGCUCGUCCCAAGUGUAAAAGAAAAUACUGCUCUUUUCCUGUCACUUCUGUUCCCUUCUUUGUUCCAACAGGUUUGCUGCUUUUUUUCCUUUCUUUUUUUCUUUCUUUCUUUUUCUUUUUUAUUAUGGUAAAGCUGAGGCAGUCAUUUUCAGUCUUCACUGUCCUAUGGGCUGUAGAUGAAAACCAAGAAAACACCGGGCAUCGGGCUGAAUUGUUCCUGAAUAGGUGAGACUGACAGCUACUUAUUUUGAGGACAAUUGCAGCGCCCUUAUAAUAAAAAUUCACAGUAACUCUGGAGAACUGGAUUUGAAAAUGCCUUGGGACUGCUGUCAGCCCAUAUGCUAGAAGAGUGGCUUAAUUACAGGGAGAGUGUAAGUAAGAAAUUUGCAAAUAUCUGAAGGGAAAUCUUGCUUCCCAGCCUGAAG